AGACUACAUUGUUGGUUGUCAACUUGUCACUGUCAGUUGUCAAAUAUCAGUAUAUAUUUGUAAUUUUGUAGUUUUCGCGGUUUGGAGUUAACAAAUUUUAAUAACUGGAGUGAAGAUAUAGUUUAAUUGGAAAAUCGUUAAAUAUUAUUUUAUAUUAAAGUUAUAUUAUGACGAUCGAUGGUGGUAAAAAUUUGCCAUGGGUGGAGAAGUAUCGCCCUUCUAAAUUAGAAGAUCUUGUUUCUCACGAUGAUAUUAUUAAAACGAUAAAUCAAUUUAUGAAAGAAAAUCAACUUCCACAUUUGCUAUUUUAUGGACCACCGGGUACUGGAAAAACAUCUACCAUUUUGGCAUGUGCCAAGCAAAUGUAUACACCACAACAAUUUAAUUCAAUGGUGUUAGAAUUAAAUGCUUCUGAUGAUAGAGGAAUAGGAAUAGUUCGAGGGCAAAUUCUUAGUUUUGCUUCAACAAGAACCAUUUUCAAAGCAGGGCCAAAACUUAUCAUCCUCGAUGAAGCGGAUGCUAUGACGAAUGAUGCUCAAAAUGCUUUACGCCGUAUUAUAGAAAAGUAUACGGAAAACGUGCGGUUCUGCAUAAUUUGCAACUACCUAGGCAAGAUUAUUCCGGCGCUGCAGUCCCGAUGUACUCGCUUUCGAUUUGCGCCGCUGCAGCAGAGCCAGAUCGUGCCGCGGCUAAAGGAAAUUGUACUAAAAGAAAAUGUUGACAUAACGGAGGACGGAAUAGCGGCGCUGCUGACGCUGUCGGGGGGAGACAUGCGCAAGGUGCUGAACACACUGCAGAGCACGUGGCUGGCCUACCGACACGUGAGCGAGGACCACGUGUACACGUGUGUCGGACACCCGCUCAGGGCAGACAUCAACUACAUCAUGAACUGUCUCCUUAAUGAGAAUGAUUUCGCAGCGUGUUUUAAACAAAUCAAUGAUCUCAAGAUUGCCAAAGGUUUAGCACUAGGCGAUAUAUUGACAGAGAUUCAUACAAUAAUUCAAAGAGUAAAAUUUCCGCCGGAAGUGCUCAUUUCAUUAUUAAUCAAGAUGGCGGACUCCGAAGCCCGACUUGCGAGCGGUUGCAGCGAACGAAUAGAACUUGCUGCUCUCAUUGCCGCCUUUCAAAUUUGUAAGGAUCAAAUUGACUUGGAUGCCCUUGCUUCGUAAAAAUAAACCAAUUUUUAAUCAAUAUAAAAUGUUGUAUCAUUAAUAAGCAGUGU